AUGGCUGUCUCCUUGAGCCAACUGUCCAGAGAGGCCUCGAAACGACAAUCAAUGGCGUACUAUCCCACAACAGCGACGUAUAUGCCCAUGCCAGAGCACUACCAUCAGACGUAUCCGCAGCCAUUUCCUCAACAUUCAUACAUCCCACCACCGCCUCCACCGCAGCAAAGCUACCCUCAGCAGCUUUCACGUCCGGCGUACUACUACAACCAGCGUCCAUCGCUGGAAGAAGAACAAGUACCGCCGCCUCCACCGCCCAGGCCACCGAAAACACCGAUUGAGCCUGUAGUCGAGCAGAUACCAGACCUUCCACCUCGACAACGAGCCGCCACGAUCAUUGAGCCAGAUCCUCUUCCACCGCAUUCAAAUCCUCAAGCCCUGACUCAGUCACAGAGCGAGGCUUUCUCAGCAUCAUCACCAAUACCGCCCGUGCGAAUUGGAAAAGAGGAAGUGUGGAAUCCACAGACCGGGUUCGCUGUGUUCGUGAUUACUCGAGAGGCCGCACAUAUUCCGAAUUUCAUGUCAAGCAAACCACUGGUCAACGUCACGAGGACCAAUGGCGUGCCAAUGGGGAGCGUUCGUUUCCACUCGUUGACGUCUAAUAGCAUCGAUCUUACCGUCAAUGGCCGUGGCACGUCAAUAUCGCAUUCCGGCUUGAUUCACAAUCGAUGGGGCUUCCAGUCGACGACCAGGCCGAACCUAGAUGAGAAGUGGUAUUGGAAGAAGGACAAGAUAACGGGAGGUGCCAAGCUGGAGGAUUCGAAGAAGGGUGGCCAUACUCUGGCCAAGAUGAAAGGCGAUCUCUUGACCUUCGAGAGUGGACGUCUGAGUGACGCCUCCUAUGAUGAGGUGCUGUUAUCGGCAGUGGCUAUGGCAGAAGCGGCGAGAAGGCAGAAGAGAAAGGGCGACAUUGCUGAUCUUGCAUCCGCCAUUGGUGAUUUUGCUAGUGGUGAUGGAGGCAGCGGUGACGGCGGCGGAGAUGGCGGUGGUGGCUCGAGUGGAACGUGA